AUGACGUCACGAGGUCUAAUAAUGGGAUUUGUUUCUAUUUACAAACCGCUUACAUGCGCCGCUGCUGACGUUAAGAGCGGGCAGGCGGGUGCGGGGGUGCGGGGGUGCGGCGCGGGGCGGGUGCGGACCUUCAUCAAGUGGUUGACUGCUAUUAGGGUGUGCAAUUGUUCCGCUGCGUUACAUUCCGCACCUCGUACCACGUUGCGCUGCCUCUGA